AGUCUUUCCCAGACAUUCUGUCCCAGCUGUCUCAAGCUUCACAGAGCAAUUUGUCUCCCUCUCAGUUUGUCCAGUUUUCCGUCCUUCUCACCAUGUCUGGACUCUUUCAACACCUCUUUAUCUGACUUGGCAGCAAAGUCUCACAGCUCCUCCAGGUAGACAGUCCGUCACAGUGCUGCUGUCUGUCAUUUUGAUGUCCAGGGUUUUGUGGGUCAGUGUGAUUCUACGUGUGCAGACCUCUUAUUGCUGUUGUCUGCAGGCUAUGGAACCUCUGGCAGAGGUCCAGACUGACACAUUCAUUUACACGAACUUCAUGAAGAGUCACUCCUGCUACGAUGCCAUCCCAACCAGCUCCAAACUGGUCAUCUUUGACACAACACUGCAGGUGAAGAAGGCUUUCUUUGCUCUGGUGGCUAAUGGUGUGAGGGCAGCGCCGCUGUGGGACAGCAAGCUUCAGUGUUUUGUAGGUAUGCUGACCAUCACUGACUUCAUUAACAUACUACAUCGAUACUAUAAGUCUCCUCUGGUUCAGAUAUAUGAGCUUGAGGAUCACAAGAUAGAGACAUGGAGAGAAAUCUAUCUCCAGUACUCAUUUAACAGACUAAUCAGCAUUACACCAGAGUCCAGUUUGUUUGAUGCCAUAUACUCCCUGUUAAAGAAUAAGAUCCACCGCCUGCCAGUUAUUGACCCAGCAUCAGGAAACGUCCUCCACAUCCUCACUCACAAACGCAUACUCAAGUUUCUCCACAUUUUUGGAUCUAUGAUUCCCAGACCCAGGUUUCUUCAAAGGCAAAUCCGUGAAGUGCCGAUUGGUACCUUUAAACAUAUUGCAACAAUCCAGGAAUCGGCUUCCGUCUAUGAUGCUCUGAGCCUUUUUGUGGAGAGAAGAGUGUCAGCUCUGCCUGUGGUCAAUGAACGAGGUAAAGUGGUGGCGCUGUACUCCAGAUUUGAUGUUAUUAACCUUGCAGCCCAGAAAAACUAUAACAACUUAAAUAUGACAAUGCGGGAAGUCAUUGCAUCCAGAUUCUGCUGUGUUGAGGGGGUCCUUAAGUGCUACCCUCAUGAAACACUGGAGACCAUCAUCGAUCGCAUUGCACAGGCUGAGGUACAUCGGUUGGUGUUGGUUGACAGUGAUGAUGUGGUCAGAGGGAUUGUGUCUUUAUCUGACCUUCUCCAAGCCCUCGUUCUCUCCCCUGCAGGCAUUGAUGCACUGUACUCCUAAGCAAUGUUCCCUGUAAUGUUUCAUGUGUCUGAGCGAACACACAAACUCCCUGAGCAAC